AUGGCCCGAGCUGCGGUCAUCCCUCAGUCGCCGCCGAAGCGCGCUACGCGUGGCAGAGCUAAGGGGUCAACAACCACAAAGACGGCAGGAAAACAAAAUGCGAAAACGACAAAAGCUGUUGAAACGAGGAAGCGGAAUGCGCGCAUAGCGGUAUCACAUACGAAUUCAGAGUCUGAGGAGGAAACGGAGGAUGAGAUCGAGGUUAUUGAUAGUAAAAGCAGGGGAAAGACAGCGGAAAAGGGGAAAUCUACCGGCUCCGCCAAGUCAGGAAGAGGGAGGAAGGCAGUGGCUGCUCCUGAUAGUGAGAGUGAGAAUGAUGAUGACGAACUUGCUCAGUCUACUGCGCCGAAGAAAAAAGUUGGACGGCCAAAGACCAAGGCUGCGGCAACAGCGAAAGAGGAUGGAACUACCACCACUACUACGAAGCCGGCAUCGAGAGGGAGGGGACGGCCGAAGGGUACGUCUGUGAAGGUGACGGCUGGUGAAGACCUCCUGCGAGAAAAUACGCGGAGGAAUGAGCGUCUUCAGGACAGCGACGAUUUAUCGUCCUCGCAGCAAGGACCGACAGAGAUAUUCAUAGCGACGGGCUCGGCUAUGUUGCGAGGUCCGGCAAAGAAGAAGAAAGUCACAUUUCAAGAAAUGUCGGAUUCCGAUGAGAGCGAAUUCAGUGAAGUGCCUGCUCCCACCACUACGAGACGCAGGAGAGGGACAAUUGUCGCGAAGGAUGUGGACGGUAUUGGUGCGAAGCCUGUUCGUAAAGCCUCCACGCCAUCAACCAGGGGUCGUAAGCCUGGACCAGCCAAGAAGGGCGGUGCUAAGCCUCUGUCGCCGAAGAAGGCCACACAGGUAGCGAAAGCAUACGCGAGCUCCGACGGCGAGGAUGAUGAAUUGAAUGGCGAGAAAGACGCCAUUAAGCUUGUGGUUCAUUCACCGCAGAAGCGUGGAUCGGGCAUUACUGGACUAGGAUCUCCCGUGAGACGGAUCAACUUGUCUCCAAACAAGGCUUCCAAAACAGUUGAUGAGAAUGGUGAACCCACCGUUCCUUCUAGGAAGUCAUUUGACUUUAACGAAUCGCAAUUCAUGUCCAGUCCAGCGCGCCGGCCACCUGCGUCGCCGUUUCACUUCACAUUGAAGGAAACACCGAAGCGAGCAGGAUUGACUUUCAACGACAACACAAAACUGGCUAGACCAGAAUCCACUCCAACGCAAAAAUCCCCUCUUAGGACCUCUCCGAAGAAGGCGAAGCUGGGGACACCCGGUCCAGGAAGCUUGUUUGGACAUAGUGGUAAUGGUGCUUCCCAGCCAAACUCCACCCUGACUCAGAAUUCGCCUUUGAAAACGUCUCCUAAGAAAGGAAUAUUCGGUGCGUCAUUUUCGUCUCAACAGCCAUCACAUCAGGCCUCCACCUCCACGCCUUUGAAGUCUAGCAUGCUUUUGAGCCCAGCAAAGAAAGUUGGCACUCCAUUCAAAAGCUCAUUACCACCUAUGCCAUCUUCAUUGGCCAAGGAAUCACAAAUACAGGCAGACGCGGAUACCGACGACGAAACUGUUUCCAUGUAUGACGAGUCACCAUCCAGGGAACAAAAUUUUGAGGGGGGGACUGUCAUCGAUGCUCACCAGGAUGCGCAUGGUGCAAGGCUAACGCCUGACGGAAGCCCGGUUACUCGAAGGAGUAGGCAUUCAGAAAAAGAAGUUCCGGCCCAGUCCGACUAUUUUGGAGGAUUCGACAAGGAAGCAGAUGAGGAUUCUGAUGAUGAGCUUGCCGCACUCGAAGCUCACGACCAUGCUGAAGACGUCGAACAUGCGGACCAGCAAAUGGAGGAGCUGAUUCAAGAGGUUGAAGCCGAAUUCGAAGAAACGGAUAUGCAGGCGCCGUUUGACUUCGAUCAGGAUGAAGAAGAGAGCACAACCCCACAAGAUUCAUUCAAGGCGAGCUCUAAAUCAGUUAGAGUUCAGGAGGAUUCCAUCGCAGACAGGCGCUCAGACACCCAAGAAGACGACUCUGACAUGGAAGUCCGUGAAGAGCCUACCCAAUCAGCGCACCGACGCAGUUUUGUCGAUGGGCUUGAGGAUGUCUUUACUGAGAGAUCUCCUCAUCGCGACGCCCCAACAGACAAUACCACCCAUGAUAUGGAUGACCGUGAUAACUACUCUAUAUCCCAUGAUGAAGCUCCAGAAAACGUUAGUCAAUCUGCGCGCACUGUGGAGGAACACGAUGAACCGACACUUGUUGGUGAGAAUACCUCGUCUCCCUCGAGGCAUCCGAUGAGUGCCGACCCAAUUCAGCCCUACGAAAUCGAAGAAGUUGAACACACUCCGUUUAUGAGCUUCCUUUUAAACCACUGGGCGCCAACUCUACCGCUUGUUGAGGAACUCCAUUCUACAUCAAUAUCUGUCCAAUAUACAGAACGUAGAUCACCGCGACCCAACACUCCGGAGGACAGCCAAAAUGACGUGCCGAAUACCCCCUCCGUCUCCAGCACUCUGGAGAGCCAAGAAGAAGAGCUCCAGGACAAAUCGCUUCCCACUAAGGGGCCACGCUUUACUUUACUUGCCGAACAAUUCAGUCAGUGGAAAGCAAGCAGCCCUGCCAAAGCCGAGACAGACCGUCCUCGCCGCAGAGGUGUUUUCUCACUUGGAAGACCUAGUGAUCUUUCGCGCACUACACCUCAAGCACCUAAGACUGAUAUCUUCGCAAACGCGCCCUCUUUCUCAGCUAAGCUCCGUUCUCAACCAGCACCACAUACAUCCCCGGUGGUCGAUACUAAUGAAGAACUUGAUAUUCACGAAGACACGGAGCAUCCGGUUGAUGAUGAGGUUGUUGAAUCAAAUACUGAGCACGGUACAAGGAGCCCCAUGGCAGAAAUAAUAGAUUAUGAAGCCCCAGAGGCUCCUGAGCUCUUUUCGGAUAGCCCUCGUGAUGAGGCGGAGGGACAACAACCCAAAGCUGUGAACUACCCUACUCUGCAACCAUCAGUAGAAGAGGAAAAAGAGAAUGAUGAGAUGUCCUUCGUUCCUGCCACGCCCGCCAAGAACCCGUCUCUCCCGCAGCAAACAUUCCACACAAUGUCGAAAGUGCCCUUGAAGCCCGAGGGCCAGAUAUCUCCUUUGAAAAUAAUGCGAAAACGUGGACGCUCUCUUUCGAUAAACUCUCCUGUCCGGUCCUCCCCCAGACUUCGGAAUUUUUUGCCUCCACCAAAAGCGCACCGUGUAUCAGAGUCCCCUCCACGGAAAUCGCCUCGGAUUCAAGAGGAGUCUGUCCAGAGAUCCCGGUCAAGGGAACCUUCAAUCGAAGCACAGCAGGUGCAUCGCGCCCGAACGCCUUCCCGAUCAGCUAGUCCGACUAAAACACCUCGCAACCAAGUUUCAGAUUAUGAGCUUUGCCUACGCGGCGCUGUUGUUUUUGUUGACGUCCACACGACUGAAGGCGAGGACGCCAGCGGCAUUUUCAUCGAGCUCCUCCAGCAGAUGGGUGCUAAGUGCAUCAGGAACUGGUCAUGGAAUCCCCGCAUGAGCUUGUCCCCAGAGGAGGGUACGCCCUCAUUGAAUGGCAAGGUUGGCAUCACCCACGUCGUCUUCAAAGACGGCGGUGUUCGAACCUUGGAAAAGGUGAGACAAGCUUCCGGACUGGUAAAGUGCGUGGGUGUUGGCUGGGUUCUCGAUUGCGAGCGAGAAAGCAAAUGGCUCGACGAAGCGCUUUAUUCCGUCGACAGCUCAAUCAUUCCCCGAGGUGGCGCAAAGCGGCGCAAGAGUAUGGAACCUCGGGCACUAAGCAACAUCAACGGAACACUUAUCAAGUCGGGCAUGGCUGGGUCAUCAAGCCGCAGACCUUCUGCGGCCUUCGGAAAUGGUGCUAGGAGUACCACACCGGAAGAGCCUGGUCACACAGGGGGAGACUAUAAAUUCUGGCAGACACCACGAACUCCUAGUGCUGCUUCACUCGGAUUCAAUUUUGAUAGCAUUGGCAUGUCUCCUGCAACGCCUUUCUUCCUGUCUCAGCGGUCAAAGCUUGUGCAGCAGACUUGCCCUCCAAAACAAACACAGCAGGGACUCUUUUCUAGAAAUAAAGCAGAGGAGGGACCAUCACGUGAAUUGAAAACCAAACUGGAAGCUGCGCGACGAAAGAGUCUUGCUUUCAAGCCUCCUGUUGGAAGCCCUCUCGUGGAGUAA